CCCGAUCGCAUGGUUURUUGUUUGGCGGCUUUUUCCAGUCAGAUUUUCCAGUACUUUGCAGUUCAAAACUACUUCUUUUUAUGUUAUUUUUACAUCAUGUCCUUCAGUCACAGUGGAUACUCGUUUGAAUACCCCAAGGAUCACCCAAGAAACGUUAUUCCAGACUUGUGUCGUCAGUUUUACCAUUUGGGCUGGGUUACUGGUACUGGUGGUGGUGUAACAGUGCGACAUGGGGAUGAGAUUUAUAUUGCACCUUCAGGUGUUCAGAAGGAAAGAAUUCAGCCUGAGGAUUUAUUUGUCUGUGACGUUACAGGAACUGACAUAUCUUCACCACCACCAGCAAAAAAGUUAAAGAAAAGUCAAUGCACACCUCUAUUUAUGAGCGCUUACACAAUGAGAGGUGCUGGUGCUGUUAUUCAUACUCAUUCAAAGCAUGCUGUCAUGGUAACACUGCUWUUUGACCAUGAGUUCCAUAUAACCCACCAAGAAAUGAUCAAAGGAAUUAGAAAAUGCCAAUCAAAGGUUUCMUACAAGUUCUAUGAGGAUCUUGUUGUGCCAAUAAUAGAAAAUACUCCAGAAGAGCAAGAUCUAACGGAAUCAUUACAGGAGGCAAUGCUUGCCUACCCAGAAACCACUGCAAUUCUUGUACGGCGACAUGGURUCUAUGUUUGGGGAGACACGUGGGAGAAAGCUAAGACAAUGUGUGAAUGUUACGACUAUCUGUUUGAUAUCGCAGUACAGAUGAAACAAAUUGGCAUGGAUCCCGCGGCAAAACCAAGCAAGUGCCACGCUAAAUGUUGUACGUAAUACCGACGAAAUGCACCGAGUAUGGGRUUAACAACAACAAGAAAGGACUCUGGUAGUUGAACAGCUCAUAUCCUGUCCUUCACAAAUACUUACAAUGUGAUUGACAUUUUCUUAUCAGAUAGAACGAUCAUAUGAAAAUGUUUGUUUUUUAACAAUAGAAGCUUGUCUUCUGUGAUGAUUAAUUUUUUAAUCUGUUAUCGCUGUAGUAUUUUGGCAGCAACAGGGAAUYAUUAAAAACAUACUUGAAAAA